AUGGGUCUGCUCACCAUCAUACGCAAGACCAAGUUGCGGUCGCACGAGUUCCGCUUCCUCUUUCUCGGUCUCGACAAUGCCGGCAAGACCACCAUCCUCAAGAAGCUCCAGAACCAGCCGCAGUCCGAGAUCGAAGCCAUCUCACCCACGCUAGGUUUUGCGAUCCAAACAUUCCAGUACCAGGGCUACCAUCUCAAUAUAUGGGACAUUGGCGGUCAGAAGAGUCUUAGGCCCUACUGGAAGAACUACUUCGAGAAGACGGAUGCUAUCAUCUGGGUCGUCGACUCGUCCGACACGGCCAGACUCUCGGACUGCAAGGAGGAGCUUGAUAAACUGCUCAACGAGGAACGUCUCCACGGCGCGACCAUCCUCAUCUUUGCCAACAAGCAGGAUCUUCCGGGCUCACUGUCGGCGGAGCAGAUCAAAAUCCACCUCGAGCUCGACCGGGUGUCUACGCACAGCUGGCGCAUCCAGCCCUGCAGCGCGUACACGGGCGACAAUCUCGUUCAGGGUCUCGAUUGGACCGUCAAGGAUGUUGCCGAUCGAAUUUACUAUCACGGCGAUGCCAAGUCUACUCUCAACUCGUCGGUGACUGCGGUCGCAAGUCAGACAACCACGUGA